AUGAAUUGUUGCCGUACAUCACCAAACCCUUCCUGGGUUUUUCCCACAGUAAACCUCUGCUGCUUUGGAUUUUUCUCAAUGAUGAAACCAUCAGAGCCAUUUGUCGUACCUUAUUUGGCAGGACCAGAUAAAAAUAUAAGCCUCAGCAUGAUCACCAAUGAGAUCUUUCCAAUUUGGACAUACUCUUACCUGGUGCUGCUUCUCCCCGUGUUCAUCCUCACCGAUUAUGUCCGCUACAAGCCAGUCAUCAUCCUGCAAGGGAUCAGCCUCAUCAUCACCUGGCUGCUGCUUGUAUUUGGCCAGGGAGUGAAGGCCAUGCAGGUGCUGGAGUUCUUCUAUGGCAUGGUCUCCGCCACCGAGGUGGCCUACUAUGCCUACAUUUACAGCGUAGUCAGCCCCGAGCACUACCAGAAAGUGAGCAGCUACUGCAGGAGCAUCACGCUGGUGGCCUACACGGCGGCCUCGGUGCUGGCCCAGCUCCUGGUAUCCCUGGCCAGCCUCUCGUACUUCUACCUCAACGUCAUAUCCUUGGUCUCCGUCUCGGUGGCCUUUCUUUUGUCACUUUUCCUACCAAUGCCUAAGAAGAGCAUGUUUUUUCAUGCCAAACCCGGCAAAGAAGUACGGAAGCCGCCAAACAAAAACGCGGCGUCAGAUGCACCUUACAAAGUUAACACAGCAGGCGGUGGAGAGAAACCCACUUCAGAAAUACCCACCAUUUCAGGGAACCUGGAUGGUGGUCCGUCGAGCGGCCCGAUGCCACGAAAUGUAGCAUUGAGUGUUUUUGUACAGUGGUUCCAAGAUUUGAAGGAGUGCUACUCCUCAAAGCGACUUUUCUACUGGUCCCUGUGGUGGGCCUUCUCCACAGCAGGUUUUAACCAGGUUUUGAACUAUGUUCAAAUCCUGUGGGAUUACAAGGCACCGUCCCAGAAUUCUACAAUCUAUAAUGGGGCAGUAGAAGCUAUUGCAACCUUUGGAGGGGCUCUGGCAGCUUGCACAGCAGGUUGUGUGAAAGUCAACUGGGAUCUCCUGGGAGAGCUGGCCCUGGCGCUGUUCUCAGCAGCAGAUGCAGGUUCUCUACUUCUCAUGCAUUACACGACUAAUAUUUGGGUGUGCUAUGCUGGUUUCGUGAUAUUCAAGUCAAGUUACAUGCUUCUCAUAACGAUAGCAGCAUUUCAGAUUGCUGUUAAUCUCAGCGUGGAACGCUAUGCCCUGGUGUUCGGAAUCAACACCUUCAUUGCCCUGGCGAUCCAGACUGGCAUGACGGUAGCUGUGGUUGGCACACAGGGACUGGGGCUUCCGGUCAGCGUCCAGUUUCUAAUUUAUGGGAGUUAUUUUUCUGUUAUUGCUGGAAUUUUCCUAAUGAGAAGCAUUUACAUAAUCUAUUCAGCCAAAUGCGGAAAGGAAAAAUGUAGGUCUACUACUGGUCAGAAUCCAAGUGAACCGGAGAAUUCAAUGUCCGAUAUGAACACAGUAACACAGUUUUAGCCUGGUCUCUCCUACCAUGGACUCAAAGGACAGACGACUCUGAAAAUGUAUAGCACUACACUACAUGGCAUUUAAAAUUUUUGUCCUAGAUUGAGAUACCAUAAAAGACAGGAUUAUCAUCAACCUCAUCAACACCACAUCAAAACCUCUGCUAUGGGCUGGUGAACUGGGUACAACCAAAA